AUGCGCCAUAACGUCUCCAGCUCCUCGCUGGGACUCCUCAGCGCUCAGGGAACCGACUUCUUCCCGCUGCCUCAGGGGCUGGAGGCAGCGCUCCUGGUCAGAGCCCCUGACAACAGCUCCAAAAACGAGACAGAGCAUCCCCACAGCACUCCCAGCAGUGACCUGGAUGUGCGCACAGACAUCUACUCCAAGGUGCUGGUGACAGCCGUGUAUCUGGUCCUUUUCGUGGUGGGCACGGUGGGCAACUCAGUGACAGCGUUCACGCUCGCCCGUAAGAAGUCUCUGCACAACCUGCAGAGCACGGUCCACUACCACCUGGGCAGCCUGGCGCUGUCGGACCUGCUCAUUCUGCUGCUCGCCAUGCCCGUGGAGUUGUACAACUUCAUCUGGGUGCACCACCCCUGGGCCUUCGGUGACGCGGUCUGCCGAGGCUACUAUUUCCUGCGCGAUGCCUGCACCUACGCCACGGCCCUCAACGUGGCCAGCCUGAGCGUGGAGCGCUACCUGGCCAUCUGCCACCCCUUCAAAGCCAAGACCCUCAUGUCUCGCAGCCGCACCAAGAAGCUCAUCAGUGCCGUGUGGCUGGCCUCAGGGCUGCUGGCCGUGCCCAUGCUGUUCGUCAUGGGCCAGCAGAACCGGAGUGUUGAUGGCCAGCACCCGGGUGGCCUGGUGUGCACAACUGUGGUGGAUGCAGCCACGGUCAAGGUCGCCAUUCAGGUCAACGCAUUUGUGUCUUUCGUGUUCCCUAUGGUGGUCAUCUCCAUCCUGAACACCAUCAUCGCCAACAAGCUGACUGUCAUGGUGCACCAGGCGGCUGAGCAGGGCCAAGUCUGCGCUGUCGGGGGCCAGCAAACCACCUUCACCAUGUCCAUCGAGCCUGGCAGGGUGCAGGCCCUGCGGCAUGGAGCCCGGGUCUUACGAGCUGUGGUCAUCGCCUUUGUGGUGUGCUGGCUGCCCUACCAUGUGCGCCGUCUCCUGUACUGUUACGUGUCUGAGGAGCAGUGGACCCCCUUCCUGUAUGACUUCUACCACUAUUUCUACAUGCUGACCAACACGCUCUUCUACGUCAGCUCUGCCAUCAACCCUGUCCUCUACAACCUGGUCUCUGCCAACUUCCGCCACAUCUUCAUGUCCACCCUGGCCUACAUCUGCCCCCUGUGCUGGCGUCGGAGGAAGAGGCAGGUGCUGGCCAGGAAAGCCAACAGUGUAUCCAGCAACCACACCUUCUCCAGCAAUGUCACCCGGGAGACUCUCUACUAG